CGAUUUCGGUGAACGUCCCAGCUGUUUGUGUGCAGCAUCUGCAUUGCGCUUGCCUGAACUUAAUGCACUUAUAUAAAAUUAAUAGUACAUCCUAGCUCUCGUCCCGGCCAUAUUUUAUUCACCAUGUCGAUCAGUAUUGACGAAAGGGUCACCGACGAGGUGGAGGCUUUGCAAGCCAUUUUGAUGGACGACGUGAAAAUAAAAAUGGUGGACGGGGUCCCGGAGAUCAUCGAAACCAUCGUCCAUCCAUCGACUGGGGAUAACACAGAUCAACAGUUCGUCUGUGUGACCCUUGAGGUGAAACUGACUCCGGGCUACCCUGAGAAAAGCCCUGAAGUGUUCCUCAGGAAUCCAAGAGGUCUAGAUGACGACAUAUUGGACGAAAUCAAAAAGCAGGUGAAGCAAAAGUUAGAGGAGUGUCUUGGACAACCUGUAGUCUUUGAACUCAUUGGGUUGAUACGUGAGAACCUGACCGAGAGCAACUUGCCUAGUGGGCAAUGUGUCAUUUGCCUUUACGGAUUUGCUGAGGGCGACGUUUUCAUAAAAACGCAGUGUUACCACUAUUUUCACUCUCGCUGCCUCGCAAGCCAUCUCAUUGCUGGCAAGGAGAACUAUGAGGAAGAAGUAGAGAAGCUGCCGCAUUGGCAGAAGAUCUCGGCUCCCCCUUACCAGCAAACGUGCCCGGUAUGUCGCAGCAAUGUUCAAUGCGAUGUGGAUGCUCUGAAGACUGCCCCGCCGUCUGUGGAUUCCAUCUCCGCCCCACCGUUCCGCUUGACUGCUGAACUCAAGGCUCUGCAGCUGAAGAUGGCGGCGCUGUUGGCGCAGCAGGUUGCUAAAGGCGGCGUGGUCGGCGUCGGUGACACCGGCCCACCCCCGCUAACCAUCACUACUCCCGCCGAUCAUGACGCGGCUGCUAAUGGGUCGUCGAGCUCCGCAGAGGGCGCCAAGGCAGCGGCCAUUGUAGCCCCUCGACCGGCUCCGCCGCCAGCCGCCAGCGCCUCCGACGCCGCCGCCGCCGAGCCCACACGCCGCGUGCCAUACAGGGGCUUCAACCGCCGCGGCAAGCCUGGGCGUCGAGGCCGCGGCGCGGGCGCUGCGCGGUGACCCGCCGACAGACACGCAGCGCCCCCCAUCGCUUAGCGCCCCUCCCCCCAGCCUCGCCCCACCCCCACACAACGCUAUUGGCUGAAAACAGGUACUGCUUCCGAACUAGCCUCCAAUACACUGACCUAUUUGAGGUCAAGAUAUCAGGCUCAUUACCAUAUUAGAAGUAAACAGUAUUCACAAGGUAAUGUUGAAUUGGAAAGAAUCCAUUGGGUUCCGUUUCAACAGAAACUUUUCAAUGGAAAGGCAAAGGAAGCUAUUUUGCCGUGUGAUCUUAACAUGAGCUUUGAUUCAAAAAGUGAGCGAGUGAGUUUGUCAGAUACAUUUGCGAAAUGUCCAAAUAUGGGGAAAGCAUCAAAUAUUUGCAAUUUGAAACCUGAUGUUGACAUUGAAAGAAAAAAAUCUGCAAUCAGUCCAAUAUCACUUGAUAUUAAAAAACUGUUUCAAAGUAAUUUUACAGAUAACACAAAAAACACUAACGCGUCGGAAAACAUUAGUAACGAUGAGUUUAUUAAUGCAAAAUCGGGCUAUUUGAAAUGUGCCAUGAACAAUGCGGCAACCUUGCGAACGACCAUCUUACUCACCGCAACAUUCUGUUGUACGGAAGAAAGCAGUACUGUUUUUUACCAAUCGUUCUUAAGAAAUAAGCGGAUAUAUUUAAACACUCGGGUUUUACCACGGUAUGUUUGUAUGAAUGAUUGUAAUGAUAGUUAUAAGGUUGUUAACAUUCUUCAGAAUGAUAAAAAGAUGGACUUUAGAGCGAGCACCUAUGCGCCGAAUGUACUAAACAAACAAACAGGGUACCGGAUACCAAAUCUUUCGAGACUGACGAUAUACCUAACAAAACUUUAUCGUACAAUACUUAUCCCUAUUCUAUUCUUAAGUAACGACCAUAUCAAAACUCUUACUGUGCCAAAUGGUUACGUUUUCUCGUUAGAUAUUUAUUUUGAUAGUUGUCUGUUGAUCGUGCUGUGAUUAUGCGUCCUUUCAGGUGAACUAUUUUCAGUUUUAUUUAAAUUGGUAUGACAAUUUGAAGUCCACAAAAUCAUUUUUGGCGUUCAAUUCAGCAAAAAUAGAUUAAAUUCUUUGCACUGCCUAUCAAAGCAUAGUCAGGACAUUGACUUGGCGGUAUAUUCCGAGGAAUUCUGUAGAGUUUAUAGCGGUUACACACACCGACUUUUAGCAGCACAUCUGCAGCGAUUCAGUCGCGAUGCAAUCGCGCGGUUGAAACACGCGUUUGUAUCGCUGCUAAAAGGCGGCAUGUCUUUGUUUAUUCAAGUCCAAUUAGGACAUUUAAAAACUUUUAUUUCCUAACACAGGUCCCCCUCAGCUCAGGGCCCUGAUAUAUUAGAUUUUGCCGUCCAAUUUGCCACUUCACUGAAAAUGGUAUCUGAAAGGAUGGUUUCAUAAUUAUGAAUUCAUCGUUUUGUAUUUUUAACCCUAAAGACUUACCUUGUUGUUCAUUCAAAGAGACUUUGUUGAUAGCUAAAAUUAAAUUUUAAAUUAAACAUUCAGGGUUCCUAAUUGUUAAGUGUCGUCAGUAUAAUAAAUUUAUUUUUAUAAAAAAUACACUCUUUAGUUUCCCUCUUUUAUGAAGUAUUUACAC